UAGGCUUCCUCUCUUUUUUUUUAAAUCCAGUCUGAAUUGCUCUCCAAUAGGAACGCAACCACUAGGGGCAUAGGUUUUCACUUUACAUAGGAAGGUGCCAAUGCUCAUUAUCAACGCAGAACAGAUAAAAUCGAAAGUAAUUUUAACCUUAGCAAGGACAUAGAACGACUGCAUGCAAGAACGUGUCCAUCGUUUUUCUAGGAGGACCAGUCUCCAGUUCGCAGCUGUGUGUCUCUGAUGACCAAUCCAUGGCAGACCCUCCCAAUUUUAGCAGUGGACCACCACAGUCUGAUCCAAAAUCACAGACACACAGAGCAGUGUCUCCAGUGCCCAGCUGUGUGUCUAUGAAGAGUGUCUGGUCCAUGCCACACCCUCCUCCCAAUUUCAGCAGUGGACCACCACAUUAUGAUCCAAAAUCACAGACACACAGAGCAGUGUCUCCAGUGCCCAGCUGUGUGUCUAUGAAGAGUGUCUGGUCCAUGCCACACCCUCCCAAUUUCAGCAGUGGACCACCACAUUAUGAUCCAAAUGUUCAAUGGAAUGUUCUGACCCAGGAUCAGUUCAGGUGUGGAGUGUGUGAGCAGCUACUGAGGGACCCAGUCAUCACCACCUGUGGACACAGUUUCUGCAGGCAGUGUAUCAGCAGCUACUGGAGCCAGUCUGGUCCAUCAGGAGACUACAGCUGUCCCCAGUGCAGAAAGAGAUCCAGAACACAAACCUUUCUAAACCCUGACAUAACCAUGGCACAACCUCUGUUAUACCCACAUCCAACCACGACACAACCUCUUGUAUAUCCCCCUACAGCCAUGGCACAAUCCUCUCUCUACCAACACAGAGAAAUGGCACAGCUUCAUCUAAAGCCAUCUACAACCAUGGCACAAGUUCCUCCACACUUAGACUCGGGGCAAAACCCUCUAUACCCACACUUCCACAUGGCACAGAUUUCUCCACAACCUCCUUUGGAUGAGCACAUAGUCCUGGAAGGAAGCAAACAUCUCCAAACUGAGCCUGCUCCUGUCAAAAGGGCCAAACUAACAGAUGAUGUCCUGAACAGAGCACUGGUGAAUCAUAAAGCCAGUAUGAAGAGGAGGUUUGAGAGCAUAUCUGAAGGCAUCAUAAGAUCAGAGACUCAAACACUCCUGAACAAGAUCUACACAGAGCUCUACAUCACAGAGGGAGAGAGUGAAGGGGUGAAUAAUGAACAUGAAGUUUGGCAGGUAGAGUCAGCAUCCAGAUCACAAUCUACAGAAGACACAGCAAUCAACUGCAAUGACAUCUUCAAGCCUUUACCUGGACAACAGAGACCCAUCAGAAGUGUCAUGACCAAGGGCAUUGCUGGCAUUGGAAAAACUGUCUCAGUGCAGAAGUUCAUCCUUGACUGGGCAGAGGAGAAAGCUAACCAAGAUGUAGAUUUCAUGUUUAUACUUCCGUUCCGUGAGCUGAAUUUGGUCAAACAUGAUCAGUACAGUCUUCACAGGCUCCUGCUAGACUUCUACCCUGAGCUUAGGGAGCUACAGGAUGGUGAAUACAAAGACCGCCAUAUUGUGUUCAUCUUUGAUGGUCUGGAUGAGAGUCGACUUCCAUUGAAUUUCCAAGAGAACCAGCAGUUGUCUGAUGUGACACAAACAUCAUCAGUGGAUGUGUUGAUGACGAGCCUCAUUCAGGGAACUCUGCUUCCCUCUUCUCUCAUCUGGAUAACCUCCCGACCAGCAGCAGCCAGUCAGGUCCCUUCUCAGUGCAUCAAUCAGGUGACAGAAGUACGAGGGUUCAAUGAUCCACAGAAGGAAGAGUACUUCAGGAAGAGGAUCAGUGACCAGAAUAAAGCCACCAGAAUCAUCUCACACAUUAAGGUAUCCAGGAGCCUCCACAUUAUGUGCCACAUGCCAGUCUUCUGUUGGAUCUCAGCCACUGUCCUUCAGCAGAUACUGGAAGAGGAUGAUGGGCAGAAAGCCCCCAAAACUCUGACUGAGAUGUUCAUACACUUCCUGCUCAUCCAGACCACCAGGAAGAACCAGAAGUAUCAAGAGGGAAAUGAUACAGAUAGACAGAGGCUCCUGGAAUCACAUAAAGCUGUUAUACUGAAACUGGCAGAGCUGGCCUUCAAGCACCUGGAGAAUGGCAAUCUCAUGUUCUAUGAGGAAGACCUGACAGAGUGUGGCAUUGAUGUGAGUGAUGCCUCAGUGUACUCUGGCAUGUGCACUGAGAUCUUCAGGGAGGAAUGUGUGUUUCACCACAAGAAGGUCUACUGCUUUGUGCAUCUGAGCAUCCAGGAGUUUCUGGCAGCCAUGUUUGUGUUUCACUCCUACAUGUCAGAACAUUUUGAAAUACUGAAAUCAUUCAUCAGUAAAAAACACAAAGACCUGCAAGCCCCCCUUCCCUUGCAUGUUCUGUUGAAGGGAGCAAUGGAUAAAGCUUUGGACAGCAAGAAUGGACACCUGGACCUUUUCCUCCGCUUCCUUGUAGGCAUCUCAGUGGAGAGCAAUCAGGCCCUUUUACAAGGUCUGCUGUCGAACACACACCACAGCUCAGAGAGCAUCAAGAAAACUUGUACGUACAUCAAGGUUCUCAAGAGAAAGAAUCUGUCUCCUGAAAGAUGCAUCAAUCUUUUCCAUUGCUUAUUUGAAAUGAAUAAUCAUUCCCUACAUGAAAAAGUCCAGACAUAUCUGAAAUCUUCAGAUGGCGUCUCAGAUAGUUUGUCACCUACCCAAUGUUCAGCAGUGGCCCACAUGCUUCUGAUGUCUGAGGAGGUGCUGGAUGAGUUUGACUUGAGGAAAUACAACACAUCAGAGGAGGGACGGAGGAGACUAAUACCAGCUGUGAGAUGCUGCAGAAAGGCCCGACUUGCUGGCUGUGGACUAACAGAGAAGUCCUGUGAGAUUGUGGCCUCAGCUCUGCAGUCUGCAAACUCCCUCUUAAGAGAGCUGGAUCUGAGUCACAGUGACCUGCAGCAGUCAGGAGAAAUGCUGGGCUCUGCUCUACAGAGUCCAAACUGCAAACUGGAGACACUGAGUCUUGCUGACUGUAAGCUAACAGAGGAAUCCUGUAAGGCUCUAGCCUCUUCCCUGCAGUCAUCGGUCUCCCUGACCGAACUGGACCUCACAAACAGUGAACUGAAGGAUUAUGGAAUUCAGCUUCUCUCUGCAGGACUAAGUAGCCCUCACUGUAUACUACAGAAACUAAGACUGUCUGGUUGUCUCAUCACACACCAGGGCUGUUCUUUCUUGGCCUCUGCCCUCAAAUCAAACCCCUCCUACCUGAAACAGCUGGAUCUGAGCUACAAUCACCCAGGAGACUCAGGUGUCAGAGAGCUCACAGACAGACUGAAUGAUCCCAACUGUAAACUAGAGAAUUUCAGGUAUGGCCAUGGAGGAGAGUUCAGGAUUAAACCAGGUCCGAGAAAAUGUGAGUGAUUUUAUUCAUUUUCCCCUG